GUUUUAAAAGUUAAGUUCACGUUUGUGUGUGUAAGCUGUGCGUGUGCGCGAACUGAAGUGGCUAAUUUUUAUUUUCCAUAGUUUCCUUUCAAAGAAAAUAAUUGAAAUAUUCUCUAUUGAACACAUUUUUAGUCGUCUGUUCGCGCUCGCUUGAAAAUAUGCCGCAGUACAAAGUUAAAGUAAAAUGGGGGAAAGAACUGUACAAAGAUGUGGAUGUGAACACAGAUCUAGAACCAAUGGUUUUCAAAGCUCAAUUGUAUGCACUGACGGGAGUUCAACCAGCUCGGCAAAAAGUAAUGCUCAAAGGACAAACGUUAAAGGACAAUGAUUGGGGCAACAUCCAGAUUACUAAUGGUGGAACAAUAUUGCUAAUGGGGAGCAAGGAUGAUGUCCCUGCUGAACCUGAUGUUAAACCUGUAUUCGUAGAGGACAUGAAUGAUGCAGAACUUGCAUCUGCUUCAAACCUACCAGCAGGACUAAAUAACCUUGGCAAUACAUGUUACCUAAAUGCGGUAGUUCAAUGCCUCAAAAGUGUUCCAGAACUUAGGAGUGCUCUCAAACAAUAUGAAGGGGCUGUCGUAUUGGCCGGAGCACCAUCUCAAUCAAUCACUGCCGCUUUGAGAGAUUUAUAUCAAGUCAUGGACAAAGGCCAUAAUAUUCCUCCCAUUCUUCUUCUCCAAGUCCUCCACAUCGCUUUUCCUCGCUUUGCUGAAAAAUCUGAAAGCGGAUCUUAUGUACAGCAGGAUGCUUAUGAAUGUUGGACUGAAUUAGUGAGGAUGCUUCAACAAAAACUGCCCUCCAAACCUAAUAAGGAUGACUCUCCUAUCACUUUCAAAUCUUUCGUUGAGCAAUACUUUGGUGGCUCUUUUGAUGUUGAAUUUAAGUGCACUGAGGCAGACGAACCUCCCUCCACUAGCACAGAAAAUUUUUUAGAAUUAAGCUGCUUCAUCUCUCAAGAUGUCAAGUACAUGAUGGCAGGUUUACAGAGUAAAAUGCAAGAACAGCUAACGAAAAAUUCUCCAACUCUUGGUAGAGAUGCUGUUUACACCAAAACGUGUAAAAUUAGGAGGUUGCCAGCAUAUUUAACAGUUCAAUUUGUACGAUAUGUCUAUAAAGAAAAAGAUAAGGUAAACGCUAAAAUUUUGAAGGAUAUAAAAUUCCCAUACGAUUUUGACACCUAUGAGCUUUGUUCUCCAGAGCUUCAAAAGAAACUGGAACCUAUGAGACAAAAAUUUAAGGAAUUUGAAGAUAAGCAAGCUCUUGAGGCAACAUCUGGCACUGGUAAAAAACCAAUAGAAAAGAAAAAGGAUGUCAAAUAUGAACCAUACUGGUUUGAAGACGAUUUAGGCUCAAACAACUCUGGUUACUACACAUUACAAGCAGUUUUAACACAUAAAGGUCGGCUAAGUAGCAGUGGUCACUAUGUUGCAUGGGUACGGUCUCCGUCAAACCCAUCCAUGUGGAUCAAGUUUGAUGAUGAUGUUGUAACGCCCAUAACAUUAGAGGAAGUUUUGAAACUUUCUGGUGGAGGUGACUGGCAUACUGCUUAUGUUUUACUAUACGGACCCAGACAAUUAGAAAUUCCAGAGUCAUCAGAAAUAAAAAUUGAACCCUCUGACAAUAAUGGCACAAAUCAAUCAACUCCAACUUCCUAAAAAAAUUGCAUUUUUAAGUAAAGUCCCUGUAAAGCUAAUAAAUUUGUUUUAUUUAUCCAUA